CAGCCUCAUCACUGGAGGACCAAAGCUCAGCAUCUUCAGACUCAUCCUCUCGUGGUCCACACCAACAACCGCAGUCAUGAAUGUAGGAAUCUGUGUGUGUGUUCUCCUGGCUGCUCUGUCCAGCGGUUCCCUGAGUCUGCCCUCACAGUUCAUGUCACAGAGAGCUGAGGGUGAGGCUUUCAUGUCAGACAGCCUUCCUCCCCCCUCACCCAACCACGCACGCCAGACCCGCUCAGCUCAAGUGCCCCCCUCAGAGCGGCUCACCAACUACAACCAACCCCAGGAGGACAGAAAUGAUCGAAACAGCCUGAGCCAGCUCCUGGCCAGAUUCAUCUCCAGGAAAGGCUCUCCCUACCAGACCAGAUCCUCCCUCACCAGCAGAGCCAGUGGCCUAGCCCCAGGCCACAGGAUAAAGGACAGAGAUUAUCUUGGCUGGAUGGACUUUGGAAGACGCAGUGCAGAGGAGUAUGAAUACUCCUCCUAAAGGCAUGGCUUGCUUUCGCUGAAAACCUGAGUUACAACCCCCAACACCGCCAAUAAAAGCUCACAAAGAUAAUGAGCUCUUUUCACACUGCACUUAUUGUAAUCCAGGGCUGACUUGACUGGAUCCUAGUGUGAGUUUAGCAUCAUAUAAGGAGAAGAGAGUAGAGUAAUUUAGAAAGGACAGAUCCUGCAAUCUGAAUCUCUGUGCUGAACAUGAGAUCACUUUCCAAACCAGCCCCUCACAGCAUGUCAACAUGAUAUUUAAACACUAAAUUGAAAGGAUAUAAUAUUCUAUAUUGUUGUUACUGUCAUGACAAGAAUCCCAACAGUGUGUUAGUCCAUCUCUUAGUAGGUUCAGACUUCCUCAACCUGUCUGUGGCUCUCAGCCACAAGCCCACUUGUUCCUACUGAAGAUCUAUAUCUAAAAAAAAAAAAAAACACAUCCAAA